AUGGACCCAGGGACUCCACACGACGCCUCGGCAGAUUGUAUCAAGUACAACCCCAACACAGAAGCCCUUUUCCUCGAAACAACGCUCACUGCCCGUGCUUUUGAGAAUACCUGCGGUAUCAUCUUUUGUAAUGCGGCCGGCCCAUCUGAGGAUUUCCUCGGCUUGUCGCAAAUCACCCUUCCUCUUGUGGGACCGGUUGCGAAAAUGGGCGCCGAGGAGGGAAUUUGCGUCGCUGAUUUAGACCUUAAGGUUCAGCACAUUGACGAAAGCACUACAUCUGCCAUUCCUGGUUAUCGCGCCGGUGCCAAUACUAAUUACAGCAUCUCUGCGUCCGCCGCUGCUGAAGAUUAUCAACGAUUGCCUAUCUCAUCAAUUCUAGGCAAACCAUUUCCUCCGAUGGACUUGGUUCAUAGUCUUCUCGAGGAAUAUUUUGAUGCCAUACAUUGGUUCUCAUUGGCUAUCUACGAGCCAAAGUUCCGCAAGAUAUUGGAUUCUAUCACAGAUGGGUCUGCCAAUCCUUCCGAUAAGCCUUGGCUGUUACUUCUGUCAGUCAUGCUAGCAAUGGCAACCUGGUAUCGAUCUCAGCGGACUGGCACAGAUUUGACCGAUACUGGAGAAGAAUGGCGAACAUUGAGUGCAGGCCUACUGAAAAUUGCCGAAUCGAAUCUCGUUGAGAUAAUGGAUCGACCAUCUAUCACAGCAAUCCAAACUUGUGUUCUUCUUGGGUCUCAUCAUGUCUACCACGGCCGCCCAAAUCUCUCCUUCUCGCUGUUAGGGUCCACCAUUAAAAUGGCCCAAUCACUGGGUCUGCAUCGAGAUUCCACCAGAGGGACCCCCGAGGAUAUAGAGGAAAGAAAAAGGAUCUGGUGGACCAUUUACACAUGGGACCGAUUCGCCUCGAUCACAUACGGUCGGCCAUUGGGGAUCAGCGAUAAGGAUUGCAAUGUUGGGAUGCCGGCUGAUACUCUAGAAAAUCCCAAUUUCGUCACACCGACGGCUGGCCCGAGCAGCUUCAUAACAUACUCUCCUUAUCAGCGGGAACUCAAUAAGCUAUACUUGAUAGCAUCCCCGGCCCUUGAGAUUGUCUUCGGCUCCCGGACAACUGGCUCUGAUCAUCUGACAGGAGAUGCUUAUUACGAGCUAGCGAAAGAAGCAACACAAAAUCUUCAGAGGUGGUCGAGUCAACUACCGAGUCAUCUUUCCCUGGACUUGGGGCAGGACUUAUCUCCUCAUGGAGACCUCAAAUCCAGAUCCCAUGCACUACAGUCCUUGGCAUUACAAUUGACCUACGAUAAUGUGCUUAUUGUUCUGCAUCGACCACUUCUCAACCGACAGGUUGACUAUUUGUCUAACCAAACCCAGGGAGGCCCAGCCUUCCAAGGCGACAGCCCUAUCGAUCAUUCCAGCGCAGGCCCUUCAAUAAACCAACCUAAUUGGCAUUUCGACGAUAUGAACCCCAAAUUCCAGGAUGACAGCUCUCGACUGUGGAUGAAUGCAGCAGUGAGAACAUCUCGGGUGACAGAACUACCUGUUCUCGCCCAGCUUGCUACCGACAGCCAUCUAGUUGCAUUUCUCGCCAUCAAUCUUUUCAAUGCAGCAAUCGUUCUUGCUGUGAUGGCUCUUUCAGAACCACUCUCCGACAUGGCACAGGAUAUCAAACGAACAAUUACCCGAAUUUUGCGUCUGCAGGAUUUACUUGGGAAACGCUCUGCGCUGUCCAAGCAAAGCACCCUAGUCUUGAGGAAUGUCGUCAUUUUACUUCUGCGCCGAGAAUCGGCAACAAUAUUUGCGCCUAUUUCGAGUGCGAAUAAACACCCUCACGCUCAGUCUCAACAGGACUCAAUAUACAAUGAAUCGAUGUCUGUUGAGGACACACUUCGCCUGCCUCUUAACCCAACCCUGGACUCUCGACACCAACACCUUGGAGAUCAAACAUGGAUGCCUCCGAGUAGAGCUGAUCGGCUUAAUGAAAGCUUAACAUCGGUACAAUAUGGUAUGUCUAAUGCUUUUAUCACCUCACGGGGAAAUCGUGGGAUUAUGCGGCAUGGAAGCUAA